GCUGAUAGCGCAGGGAACGCAACAUGGCCAUAUCAGAGAUUCAAGACUAUGAGCUUCACGCCCCCAUAUUUGGAGAUCUCGAACAAAUACCGACCCGCGGAGGGCUAUUUGUUUUUCGCUCCAGACGGCGCCUCAGAGUACCAGCUUGCUCCCUUGAUCAUGGAUAUGGAAGGCGAGCUUGUCUGGAACGGCCCGCUGCAUGAACAUGCUUUCGGCUUCGGCGUGCAAGACUAUCUGGGCGAGCCGGUGCUGGUGUGGUGGAAUGGUACGGUCUACCCGGAGCCCGUCGGACGCGGCAAUGGUGUCGUUUACCUGUUCAAUAGCUCCUAUGAGCAAAUCUACGAAGUGAUGCUGCCGGGCAACUUCCUGGAACAGGUUCCGAAUGCGACUUUUCCAAGCAAUAUCGAUGUCCACGAGAUCUUCAUUACGAAGGACGGAUCAAUGCUCGUUACUGCGAAUAACGUCACACAAGCGAAUCUCACGUCAGUUGGCGGGCCAGCUCACGGCUGGGUGGUUGCGGCGCUUGUCUACGAGAUCGAGAUCGGGACGAACAAUGUGCUCUUUUCGUGGAACAGCCUUGACCACCUUGACCAGCUACCAUUUACAGAUUCCGUGUACCCACUAGGCAGCGAAGGCUAUACCGGCCAAACCCAGCCGCAGGCAUGGGGUUACUUCCACAUCAACGCUGUAAGUCCGUACGACGGCGGGUAUCUGAUCAGCUCACGGUUCCUCUGCAGCGCAAUUGCGAUCGGCACAGAUGGCCGGGUGAAGUGGCGUCUGGAAGGCCGAAAUGGCGGCGACUUCACGCUUGGGAACGGAACAGACUUCUGCUACCAACAUGACGUACGCGCAGUACCUGAGCAGCCGAGCAGUACUACAUCAACCUUUAUCUUGCAUAUGCAUGAUAAUCACAAUUCGCCGAUUGACAACAACACGGUGCCAUCUUCUGGCAAGAGCUUGUCGGUAGAUCUAACGUCUAAGCACGUCACUCUCAUUCAGCGGUACCUCAAUGUAUCCGGGCCCAUAUACAGUACGGCCCAAGGCAACUAUCAACCUCUCCGUGAUGGCAGUGUCUUCAUCGGACACGGAUGGAUCCCAGUCCUGGAAGAGUUCACGCAUGAUGGACAGAUUCUGUCGACCAUCCAGUUCGGGGUCGCAGAAGCCCGACCUGAAGGAGGCUUUAUCAGCCCGCUUGUGCCCACGCUAUCCUAUCGCGCCUUCAAGCAGCCAUGGGUUGGAUGUCCAAUUUUGCCGCCUAGUGUCGUUGCUGAGCGUGCAGCCAAUGACAGUGCGGCGGUGUACGUAAGCUGGAAUGGUGCGACCGAGGUUGAGGCCUGGGAGAUAUAUGGCGGCAACACUACGGAGCUGGCUCGUCUUGCCGUUGUGCCAAAGCAAGGGUUUGAGACCCUGGCGUACGUG